UCUCUCACACACGUACGCGCGCGCUCUUUCCGGCGAGCCUUCACUUCCCGAAGUCUGUCGCACUAUAACACGCUAAUCAUCGAAGCCCAGCGGAAGAAAACGAUCGGGUUUGAUAUCGCACAUUCAGGAUAUAGGCUGCCAUUUCAACUGAGUGAAGAUAUAAGCAUCUGUGGCUGUGUGCGCACGCGGUAAAUCAAACUUUUGUUGUUGCUGGGAGGAGAGAUGCGGGUGGUAAACAGACUGACCGGACCGUAAAUAAAUAAAUAAAAAGGAGAGGCUUUAACACGCGCCACUGACUUCUGUAAAGCGAUCUCUAACGAGCCUACCGUCAGCGCGGAUCUUUGAGUGAAUAUGUUGAAAUGGCUGAGUGAAGUGUUCUGGCAGGAUUAUCUCUGGUUUCCUGAAGGCCAUGGGUGGGCCGACCUAGAAGAUGGGCAGGUCUACGCAAAGCCACAGGAUCUGUGGGUGGCAGUGCCCAUUGCUAUCAUGUUUCUUAUUGUUCGACAAGUCUUUGAAAGGUUUGUCGCUACACCGCUAGCCUCAUUCCUGGGCGUUAAGGAAACUGUUAGACAGCCAGUUACACACAAUCGAACACUGGAGUCCCAUUACUGCAACACAGCUAAAAAACUCACACAGAGUUCGGUAGAGGAACUGUGCAAGCAGACAGGCUGGUCGGAAAGACAGAUUCAGCGCUGGUUCAGGCGACGCAGAAACCAGGACAGACCCAACGUUCUCAAGAAGUUUCGUGAGGCCUGUUGGAGAUUUGCCUUUUAUCUUCUGGCCUUUAUCGGUGGUCUAUAUGCGCUUAUUGAUAAACCGUGGUUGUAUGAGCUGGAAGAGAUGUGGAAAGGGUUCCCCAAACUGGAACUGCUGCCAUCUCAAUACUGGUAUUACAUGCUGGAACUUGGUUUCUACACAUCCCUUCUCUUUAGUGUGGCAUCAGAUGUCAAGCGUAAAGACUUUACAGAGCAGAUCAUUCAUCAUGUGGCCACCAUCACACUCGUCAGUUUCUCCUGGUGUGUUAAUUAUCUCCGAGCUGGAACCCUUAUCAUGCUUGUUCAUGAUUCUGCAGACUAUUUACUAGAGUUAGCUAAGAUGUUUAAUUACGCAAGAUGGAAGAACGCAUGCAACUACAUCUUCAUCCUGUUUGCUGCAAUCUUCAUCGUCACGCGCCUCAUCAUCUUCCCUUUCCGGAUCAUGUAUUGCACUUUGGUGUAUCCCAUGACCCUUUAUACUCCAUUUUUUAUCUAUUACCUCUUUAACGGACUGAUGAUGGUCCUACAAUGUCUACACAUCUUCUGGGCUGCGCUCAUUUUACGCAUGGCCUUCAAAUUUCUGACCAGCAAUUGGUCAGUGGAGGACGAGCGGUCUGAUAAAGAUGAGACGGAUGAGUCUGGAGAGGAGGAUGGCGAGAUGAAAAAUGGAGAGAUAAAGAAAAACGGGCCGAUGAAGAACGGUCACGCUACAUAUAACAACAACCAUUCUAAAACAGAGUGAUUCGUAGGAAGAGCAGAAGAAAUAAUUUUUCUGAUGAUUACAGUUUUUAUGAAUGAUAAAUCGCUCUGUACACUACAGACACCACACAAACACAGUGGUCAAAGAUGCCAAACCCUUCAGGUCAUUCCUCUCUCUGGAGACUGAAACAGGGAGCAGCGUUGCCUCACUUGAGAUUUUCUUAAACAUGUGCCUUUGUUGCCAUUGUUUGUUCUUUAAAAAAAAAACAUUUGUUUUCUUCACGCCAGAUGAAUAAAUCUGCAUCUACAUAUUCCUUCACACCCUAGAAUUUCAGCCAAAAUUGAGGUCCAUUUGAAUUACUAUUCAACAGGAAUUACAUUCAUUUGUCAUUUAAAUAUGUGUCCACUAUGAAAUGGACAAAUUCCCAACUUUCUAAGUUCUUGUAAAGGCAUACAGACUAUUUGGUAAGUUCCAGUUUAAACAUUUAUCAACUUGUAUCUACUCCAAAGUUACAAGCGCUGUGCAAACACGUAGUGGCCAGUUGUAGCAUGUUUGACUGAACAGAUUUUUUGAGUUGGUCUGUACAUUUCUGAAGGCAGAAACCAAAGAGAGAAUGAUUGUGUAAAGGAAGUUUGUGUUUACGCGGUCUGGUGCCUUUACAUUUUUAAGGUCCUUAAGCAGCGGAGAUGAAUUAUACAUGUUUAAAUGUUUAAUCUAUGUGGUAUUCAGAAAGGCAGCUUUUGUAAGCGUUACCCAGAUUAGCCUUUCCCUUUGUGUGAAUUUUUAUGUGAACAAUGGAUAACUUACCGAUUUAAAUUCACAAAUAUCACAGAUGUUUUAAGUAUGUUUACGGUUUCAUUUCUUAGUAUAAAGGGUCAGUUCAGAUAACAUUAUCUUUCCACUUUAAAUGAAGAAUCACAUUUAGAGUUCUCUCAUUGUUAAGCUGACCUGCUUAUUUAAAAAAGAAACACUCUUGUACCACCUGUCUUAUGAUAGUAAGAUUUGGCAUUCUCUAUAGUUUAUUCAUUAUAAGCGCCUGCUAUUAUAACCAAGCUGCUUAAUCUGCAAUUAAGUGUUUUUGAAUGCUUGCACUAAUCUGAGGUACUGUAACAUUGCUAGAAGCACCAAAGUAAUUCAUGAACCACAUAGACUUUGAUCAGACUCUGAUGUCAUCAUGUGGACUUUGUCAUUUUAAAUUGAGAAAACACAAACCGUAGUGAUAAAGGUUUUUUAUUUAUAUUUGAUUGGUGUUUUAAUGUUAUCUAAUAAGGUAAUAUUUCCGUCUCAUUGAGAGUUUACUGAGCUUUCUCAAAAGAGUGCACAUGAGUGUAAGUGCCUUUCUGAUCAUACAUUCAACCCUCUUAAAAAAUACCAAUAGUGCUUUUAUUUAGCUUUAAUUUACUGUCUAACCACCUAAUAAUACACUGCCCAAUUUUCUGUUAAAUGUCCCUUUUAUCAUUCCUUGCAUUUUCUUUUUCUUAGGUCAUCUUUCUCCUCUACAUUGUUUCAGUUAUGAGGCCAAGUCUAGAAAACAGUGUUAUCUUAAUUUUGUAUUUUCUUGUGUUUUGUUAUGAUAUGACAUUAUAUCAUGGAGAAUGUUAACAAUAAAAUACUGAAUGAGAGACACAGUUAA